AUGUCCCGGCUGGCAAGUACAGAUGAAGUUCAGUUUCCCCAAGGAGAUAUUGAUCAAGUUGCUGUUUUGGCCACCAAUGUUCUGUUUUUUGUGGUUCUAUUUAUCUUUGCCCUUUUUGAAACCAUCGUUACUCCAUUAACAAUGGAUAUGUAUGCCUGGACUCGAGAACAAGCUGUAUUAUAUGAUGGAAUAAUACUUGCUGCUCUUGGAGUUGAGGCAAUUCUUAUUUUCAUGGGGGUUAAAUUACUUUCCAAGAAGAUUGGUGACCGUGCUAUUCUUCUGGGAGGACUCAUCGUUGUAUGGGUUGGCUUCUUUAUCUUGUUACCUUGGGGAAAUCAGUUUCCCAAAAUACAGUGGGAAGAGUUACAUAAUAAUUCAAUCCCUAAUACCACAUUUGGGGAAAUUAUUAUUACUCUUUGGAAGUCUCCAAGAGAAGAUCACAACGAAGGACCCACUGGUUGCCCAAUUGAACAAGCCUGGUGCUUCUACACUCCCAUGAUCCAUCUGGCUCAGUUCCUCACAGCAGCUACGCUAAUUGGAGUAGGCUAUCCAACCUGCAAUGUUACGUCCUAUACGUUGUAUUCAAAAGUUCUGGGACCAAAACCUCAGGGUGUGUACAUGGGCUGGUUAACAGCUUCUGGAAGUGCAGCACGGAUUCUUGGACCCGUGUUCAUCAGCCAAGUGUACACUUCCUGGGGUCCACGAUGGGCAUUCAGCCUUGUGUGUGGAAUAGUGGUGCUUACCAUCAUGCUCCUGGGUGUGGUUUACAGAAGACUUGUUCCUUUUUCUGUGAGGCAUGGAAGGAUUCAAGAGUAACCUAACUAACUCUAUGAUGGAAAGUACUUAUAUGGGAUUUCUUCUUCCAGGGCUCUGUAAGACAGUUGCUAUGAGUCAAUUUCCAAAAGUCAGGCUGCAAAUAUUAUGUAUUUUGAAUAACAAGAACAUAUAUUGAUUAAUAUAGGGAAUUCUACAUGUAAAUACGAACAGUAAUAUAAUAUAAAAACACUCUGGUUCAUAAUUUCUGUAUUUCAAAAAGUAUUCUUCAUAUAACACCUCUUUAGCGGUUACAUGAACUCAUGAGUGGACAGUGGUUUAUAAAUAUGAAGUUGUGCUCUUAAUUCAAACUGCAGAGGUGUCAUUAAAAUAAUGAGAAAGUAUUUAUGCAGGGAAGCCAUAAGGAGAGUUCUUUAUGAAUUACCAAUAACAAAAAAAAAAUGAAAUUAUAGAAAUUAUCUACCUAAAUAGAGGUACCUAUGUUUGAAGAUACCUACUUUUUAUUUAUUUAAAAAAUGCAGCUUCUAUUAUCGAAUUUCCUUAUGAAAUGAAAAUCAUGACUCUUAACUUUUCCAUUUACCAUGCCUACCAUCCUACCUUACCUUCUAUAAAGCAUUAUUUUUAAUUCUAUACCUUCUGUCCUAUUUUAGUUCCCUAAUAGGAGAAAGUACAAAUAAUUCUAAUAUUUGAGCAGUAAAGAAGAUUAAGAGAUCAAGAUGGAUUUCACUACCUUUGAAAGAAAGGGGGACAGAGGAUCCGAAGCAGGCUUGGUGCUGACAGCAGACAGCUGGAUGUGGGGCUCGAACUCAUAAACUGCAAGAUAAUGACGUAAGCUGAAGUCCAACGCUUAAUUGAGCCACUCAGGCCCCCCUGAUCAUUCUUAACAUCACUGAAAGUAGGUAAGCAUUACGUGUCUCAUAACUUCAUGCAGCAGGAAGUACACAACACCACUUGUAAAAGUGUCCCUGCCAAAAAAUUAAACCAGAACCUAAUCAAGCCGAUAAACUACUAGUUUACAGGAAAUACAGAGGGAAACAUGUUAAAUGCCAUCUCUAGGUAGUAAUCACCUAAACCCAGAAGGCUAUAUAUUCUAUAGACAAAUGAUCCAGUUACAAAAGAAAGAAAAAGAAAGAAAAAGAGAAAGAAAGAAAGAAAAAGAAAGAAAGAAAGAAAAAGAAAGAAAGAAAGAAAAAAGAGAGAAAGAAAAGAAAUUAGGGAGAUCAGAUGUCAGAGAUGAAAAAGAAGCUUAAGAGAUCUUUUUUGGAUCCUGUUUCAAAUAAACCAAAUGUAGGGGCGCCUGGGUGGCUCAGUCAGUUAGGCAUCCGGCUUCGGCUCAGGUCAUGAUCUCAUGGUCCAUGAGUUCAAGCCCCGCGUCGGGCUCUGUGCUGAUAGCUCAGAGCCUGGAGCCUGUUUCAGAUUCUGUGUCUCCCUCUCUCUCUGCCCCUCCCCUGUUCAUGCUCUGUCUCUCUCUGUCUCAAAAAUAAAUAAAUGUUAAAAAAAAAAAAUUUUUUUAAAUAAACCAAAUGUAAAAGGAUACUUUUAUGGCAAUUGGAGAAAUUUGAAACUAGACUCAAUAUUAGAUGAUAUUAAGGAAUUAUUGCUAAUUCUGAGAUGUAUGGUAGUGUUAUUGUUAUGCCUUUAAAAGGUUAUUAUCUGUUAAAGAUAGAUAUUGAAGAAUUUACUAGAAAUUACAUGUGUCUAGGAUCUGCUUCAAAAUACUCCAAAAGGGAAAGGGCAUCAGGAUGGAUGAAACAAGACUGGCAAAAUAUUUGUUGAAGUUGGGUGGGAGAUACAUGGAGGUUACUUAUGUACUUACAUGUGUACUUUUGCAUUUUUAAAUGUCCACAUUUAAUUUAAAGUUAGUAAUAAUCAGCUUUGUAUUUUAGAAUUAUCUAGCUGCAGUGUGAAAUAUGCACUAGAGUAGGGUGUAGAGGACAUCAUGUUUGUGGCUACUCUUCAUUUCCUGGUAACUCUUCCACAUUUGGAGAAUUCCUCACACUGAGCCUCUCAGAAGCCAAAACUCUAUCUCAUCUACCCUUGCAUCUAAGACACAAGUAUGUGUUUCUGGUUCAUGUGAGAUUUCAUAAGGAAUGGAGCAAAAAGAGCAAGUGGGCACCAUGAGCAAAAUUGAUUUUGGUGAAGGAGCAAGAUCAGUGGUUAAAUUUUGGAGAAAGCACUGUCAAAACAUCUGGAACCUAGUCCCCAGCUUCAUCAGCAUGGCUGUAGGAUCUGUGCUAAGCAGGGGUGGCAGGGUGUUUUCUGAGGCAGAUCCUGCAUACAGUGAUUCAGGCAUUGGUCCUCACUGCAAAGCUUGAAUCUCUGAACCUCUGUCCCUCGUAGAGGUUCUAUGUACUAAUACCCUUAAUAAAUAUAUUCUCUGCUUAAACUAACUAGAGUGAAUUCUGAUGUUUGCAACUAAAAAUGCUGACUGAGGGGUACCCAGGUGGCUCAGUGGAUUGAAUGCCAGACUUUUGCUCAGGUCAUGAUCUUGCAGUUUGUGGGCUCAAGCCCUGCAUCAGGCUCUGUGCUGACAGCUCAGAGCCUGGAGCCUGCUUCAGAUUCUGUGUCUCCCCCUCUCUCUCUGCCUCCCCACCCCCGCCCCUGCCGUUCACAUUCUGUCUCCCUCUCUCUCUCAAAAAUAAUUAAACAUUAAAAAAAAAAAAAAAACCCACUGAAAUAGGAGGCAAGAGUAGAUGUUUGUAGACAAGCGGGUUACUGCAGUAGUUCAGAUGAGUAAUGCUGGUGACAUGGACUGGGGAAUUGGCAGUGGAACUGGGAGUUGAAAGCAAAGCAUGUAAAAUAUAUUUUAGAAGUAGAGUUGACAGGAUUAUUUGAUUACAUUAAGGUAAAAGAAGAUGUUAAGAAUGACUUCCAGGAUUCUGACAUGAACAGCUGGAAAUACAAGUACUAUGUACUAAAAUAAAUACUGAGGAGGAGCAAGAAAAUAGUACAGUUGAAUUAAAUGAUAUUCUUACAGACAACAAAGGCAUGCCACAUAGAUAUGCCCAUAAAACAGACUAAAAUGAGCAGAAAGAAAUUAUGAAAUAAUGGAAACUAAAAAAUGACAUAAAUCAUAAUCAGGAAUGAGAUAAUUCUUCAAUGAAAUUGAGAAAUAAGAGAAUAGGAAGAUAUGAAAAUAUUGCUGGCAAAGCUCAGGAAAGAAUAAGAAAUUUAAAAAAUAAUCUUGGGGCACCUGGGUGGCUCAGUCAGUUAUGUGUCCAACUUUUGGCUCAGAUCAUGAUCUCAUGGUCUGCUUGUCAGCACAGAGCCCGCUUCAGAUCCUUUGUCCCCCUCUCUAUCUGCCCCUGCCCCACUCUCUCUCUCUCUCCCUCUCUCUCUCAGAAAUAAAUAAAACAUUUUAAAAAAUGAAUAAAAAUAAAAAUAAUCUGAACAUGAAGACCAAAUUAGAAGGAACACAGAAGUAAAUAAGAUGCCAUAGAUAACUUGAUAAGGUAAAUAAAAGACAAAGGAAAAUUAAAACAACAGAAAUAAAGACAUAAAAAUGAUUCCACAAAAAAUGAUGGAUAUAAAAACUAAGCACAGAUGAUACAACAUAUAUAGAAGUCUUUCAAGAAAACCAAAGCAAUGAAGCAGAACAAAUUCUAAGAACUAUAUACAAAAAAAAAAAAUUUGCUAAAAUAAAGCUCAAACAUACAUAUGAGAAGGGCAUACCAAGUACCUGAAUAAUUGACCCAGAAUGGUCUAUUAUCACAGAUUCCAUUAAAAAUAUUGUGUUAAAAAAAAGUGGGUACCAGUCAAAAUGGCUAAGUCACUUAGAAAAGAAAAUCAUAUUGCAAUCAGAUUUUGUGAUGAUACUUUUUUAUGCCAGAAUCAGUGGAUUAAUAUAUUUAUUUAAAGAAAUACAGUGUGGGUCACAUAUUUUAUAUCCAGUCAAGCUGACCUUCAAGGAUAAAGUUUACAUACUUAUGAAGAACCCAGGGAAUAUUAUUUUUAUGAGCUGUGAGCAAAUUUCAAAAAAAUUAAGAUGACAUGAGAAUUCAGCAUAAAACUGAUGGUGAGUAUUUUAUAUAUUACCUCUAGAACUAAGACUAAAUGAUGGAAAUAAGGGUGACAGAAUUAUCGGGCACCUGGGUGGCUCGAGCAGUCAGUUAAGCAUCCUUGAUUUUGGCUCAGGUCAUGAUCUCACAGUUUUUGGGAUUGAGCCCUGUAAUUAUUAUAUAAUGCCCUUCUUCAUCUCUUGUUCCAGCCUUUAAUUUAAAGUCUAGUUUGUCUGAUAUAAGUAUGGCUACUCCAGCUUUCUUUUGAGUUCCAGUGGCGUGAUAAAUAGUUCUCCAUCCCCUCACUUUCAAUCUGAAGGUAUCCUCAGGUCUAAAAUGAGUCUCUCAUAGACAGCAAGUAGAUGGGUCUUGUUUUUUAUCCAUUCUGAUACCCUAUGUCUUUUGGUUGGUGCAUUUAGUCCAUUUAUAUUCAGUGUUAUUAUAGAAAGAUACGGGUUUAGAGUCAUUGUGAUGUCUGUAAGUUUCAUGCUUGUAGUGAUGUCUCUGGUACUUUGUGGUCCUUGCAACAUUUCACUCACAGAGUCCCCCUUUGGAUCUCUUGUAGGGCUGGUUUAGUGGUGAUGAAUUCCUUCAGUUUUUGUUUGUGUGGGAAAACCUUUAUCUCUCCUUCUAUUCUGAAUGACAGACUUGCUGGGUAAAGGAUUCUUGGCUGCAUAUUUUUCCUGCUCAUCACAUUGAAGAUUUCCUGCCAUUCCUUUCUGGCCUGCCAAGUUUCAGUAGAUAGGUCUGCUCCUCCCCUUUUGUGUCUACCUUUGUAUGUUAAGUCCCAUUUAUCCCUAGCUGCUUUCAGAAUCCUCUCUUUAUCCUUGUAGUUUGCCAGUUUCAGUAUGAUAUGUCAUGCAGAAGGUCGAUUCGUUAUGUCUGAAGGGAGUUCUCUGUGCCUCUUGGAUUUCAAUGCCUGUUUCCUUCCCCACAUUGGGGAAGUUCUGAUCUAUGAUUUGUUCAAGUACACCUUCAGCCCCUUUCUCUUGUUUUCUGGAAUUCCUAUGAUACAGAUAUUGUUCCAUUUGAUUGAAUCACUUUGUUCUCUAAUUCUCCCCUCAUACUCCUGGAUUUUUUUAUCUCUCUUUUUCUCAGCUUCCUCUUUUUCCAUAAUUUUAUCUUCUAAUUCACCUAUUCUCUCCUCUGCCUCUUCAAUCCGAGCUGUGGUCGCCUCCAUUUUAUUUUGCACCUCACUUAUAACAUUUUUUAAUUCAUCAUGACUGUUUUUAAGUCCCUUGAUCUCUGUAGCAAUAGAUUCUCUGCUGUCUUCUAUGCUUUUUUUUCAAGCCUGGCAAUUAAUUCUAUGACUAUUAUUCUAAAUUCUUGUUCAGUUAUGUUGCUUAAAUCUCUUUUGAUAAACUCUUUAGCUGUCACAUUUUCCUGGAAUUUCUUUUGAGGAAAAUUCUUCCAUUUCAUCAUUUUGGUUAGUUUUACGUCCCUUAUGAGUUUUAAAAGCUUGUUAUAUGAUCUGCACCUUCAAGCACUGCUGUAUUAAAGGGGGCAGUCAUACACUGUCCAGAGCCUGGCACUUUAGGAGGUGUUUUUUGGAGAGUGUUACUUGCUCUCUGUUGUUGUGACUGUGGUUAUUUUAUUUCCCUACCCGUAGUGAUGUUUUGGACCCUCCACCAGGUAUGCUUUGAUUUGUUCCUUGAAGUAGCCCUGGAAAGGAAAACAAACAGGAAACAAAAACACGCAAACACACAAAUAAACAAAUAAAAACAAAACACUAAAAUCUAAAAACAAUCCAAAAGCAAAAAACCAGAAACACCAGCUACAAGUAAGGAACAGGGUGGAAGCAGUGCUGAUAGAAGAGCACAUACAAAGAGAAAAAUGACAGGGGCAGAGGAAAAAGAAAAAAUAAACAUUGACCAGGCAGAGAGACUAAAUGGCUUAAUCCAGAGAGAGAGAAAGGAAAAUAAGGAAGGAGGUGGGGAAAAGAAAUGAAGAUAAAGUUACCCAGACAGAGAAACUAUACGGCUUGAUUAUUCCAGAGAGAAAGGAAUGUAAAGGAGGUAUAGAACAUGUAUCAAGAGAAUGGAUUAAAUAUGUCUGUUUAAACAAAUCAAUAACCAGAGUAACCAGCCUGGAAGAGGGAAGAGGUAAGAAGGAGAAAUGGGGGAGAGAAUAUAUCCAUAUAUCCAGAAUUGUCCUAGAAUUUAUCCAGGCAAUGCUGCAGCGCUGUUCUGGAGAUGCUGUCCUCUAGUUCCACAGCAUCCCGCUCCAGUAGAUAUGCAGUUACCCUGUGCUGAGGCGCAUGGUUUGGUGUAGGCUGGUCCUCCCUCCACUGUGGGCCUGGCAGACCGAUCCUGAGGCCCUGCCUUGGUGGUGGUGGGGAGAAAAAUGGCGACCCCCCCCCCCCCCAGUCUCUUCUCCAUGACCUGGUGCCCAAAUCACUCCUUUGGAGCCAUCCUCAUUGUCCUGCAGGUGCAGAUGGGGCUGUCUCACUCUGCCGACACCUUUGCCCCAGGGGCUUGGCUGGAAUUUAAAAUCCUGCUCUGUGCACCCCGGUACUGGGAAAGUGCUUCCUGACAUGAGGUCCCAGCUGGUUUUGUUGUGUGCCCCAGUCCUUCAGGGGAGGGGACUGGUUUCUCCUGCUGCAGACUGCACCCCCGAUCUAGCACUGAAACCAGAGUUGGCUCCCCUCCUCCCUAGGUGUGUGAACAGGGCAGCUCGCCCCAGUCCGAAGAUGGGACCUGCAGUUAAGAGAUGGGAUCCCUCUCCGUCCUGGUCUGAGGUUUUUCUCUUGUCCAGAUAGUUUUACCCUUCCCCAGCCACUCUUUCUCUUCCCUUUGUCUCUCACCAAAGGGCAUCCCUCCCUUCCAUGCCUAUGUGGCCCGUUUUAUCUCCCCCAGUUCGCAAUCAC